CAUUGCAUGACCUGAGCUGAGCUUAUAUGACUUGUAUUAAGCUGACCACAGACCCUUAUUUAGUUUCUUCUCCAAAACUGUAGACUCAUUCAUCUCUAUCCUCUCUCUCUCUCUCUCUCUCUCUAGAGUUUGAAGCAGCAGCCAUAUCCAUGGCUGCUUCAAGGUUGUCCCUCAAUUUCCCAUCUCGGCGUCCUCUCUCCGAUUCAUUCAGACACUUUCUCGUGAUACCCACAAUCCUAGCUUUCUUGACAACUAUUUUCAUCUUCCACUACAUCUCAUCAACCUCAACACUAGUGAUUCAUUUACACAACAACCAUCAUCGCCUUCACGUAAAUCCAAAAGAAGUUGUUACAAAGCCUCUGCGUCCUAUACCCAACAAACCAAUCAUCCAAAUUUCGCUUCCUAAACGAACUCGGAGUUCUGUUAUUGAAAUUCACAUCUCAAAUCACUCGAUCCAACUAGGAAAUGGUAGUGAAGGAACAACUCUGAAGAGUUCAAUCAUCGGUUCAAUCGAGCCAAAAUCCCCACCAGAACCUGAAUCCCCACCAUCACCAGUUCCUUCCAAUCCCACCACCACCACCACCACCGACGACGACGAUGUGUUCCACAACAGAGAAACCUUCUUCGAAAACUACAACGAAAUGAACAAAAGCUUCAAGAUCUUCGUCUACCCUACCCCCAAAUCCCACCCCUUCGCCAACGUCCUCCUCCCAGUCUCCAGCGAUCCAGGCGGCAACUACGCCAGCGAAUCCUUCUUCAAAAAGUCCCUCGCCAAGUCCCACUUCCUCACCACCAAUCCCUCCGACGCCGACUUCUUCUUCCUCCCCUUCUCCAUCGCCACCAUGCGUCACGAUCGGCGAAUCGGAGUGGGAGGGCUUCAGAACUUUGUUAGGGAUUAUGUUGUGAAUGUGAGUAAAGAGUAUCCUUAUUGGAAUCGGAGUGGUGGUGCUGAUCAUUUCUAUGUGGCUUGUCAUUCGAUUGGGAAGAUUGCGAUGGAUAAGGCGGUUGAAGUUAGGGUUAAUGCGGUGCAGGUGGUGUGUUCUUCCAAUUAUUUUGUGAGUGGGUAUGUCGCUCAUAAGGAUGUUUCUUUGCCUCAGAUUUGGCCCAGGCAAGGUGAUCCUCCAAAAGUUGAACCCUCCAAAAGGAAGAGGCUUGCCUUCUUCGCCGGAGCAAUAAACUCUCCAGCACGUAUACAGCUAGUUGAAGUUUGGAAAAAUGACUCGGAUAUCUUCGCCCACCAUGGCCGCCUCAAAACCCCCUAUGCCACCGAGCUCCUUCGGAGCAAGUACUGCCUCCAUGCCAAAGGCUACGAAGUCAACACUGCUCGCAUUGGUGAUGCUCUCUAUUAUGGUUGUGUCCCUGUGAUCUUGGCUGACUACUAUGAUCUCCCAUUCACAGACAUACUCAAUUGGAAGAGCUUCUCUGUUGUUGUUGCCACAGUAGACAUUCCAUUGCUCAAGAAUAUACUCAAUGAGGUUGGUUUUGAUGAGUAUUUGAGGUUGCAAAAGAAUGUGUUGAAGGUGAGGAGGCAUUUUCAAUGGCAUGGUGUUUCUGCUGAGUAUGAUGCUAUGAUGCUUUUCACAUGGUUUUGUAUGAGUUGUGGCUCAGAAGAAGUUUUGUGAGAUUUUCAUAGCCUUUUUAAUUCUUAAAAUGACUAUGUUUUGGUGGUUAAUUGGUACCAUCUUGAGUGGUUUGUUGCCCCCAAUGACAUUAGGCUUCUCUCUUCUUCUUCUUUUACAAAAGGGGAACCCAGUGCAUGAUUUUCCUACCAUUGUACAUACAGUCUUUUUCUUGUAUAGUGGUUCUGUGUUGAAAACCAUAAUGCCCAUCUCACAAUUUUCUUGUUUUGGGUUGAUGGGUUGUGAGGUUUAAUUUUAUCUGGCAGUUACGAAUGUUGUUUAUACGAUUACUAGUUAGAAUAAGUCUGGAAAUACAUAAAUACAAAAUGUAUAUAUGUGGACAAAUAGGAUUUUUCAUAAUUGAAUUUAAUUAUCAAAUUUCUGUAAAA